AUGCCGGAGCCAAGCGCCGUGUGGCUAGUGGACAUCAGCAAGACCAUCGAAUCCGCCAUUGGCGCUCUCGCGCGCGCUAACCUCGAUGCUAAGAGCUACAAGGGCAGAGUACAGCUUGUACUCGUUACAGUCACAGCUGGCAUGAGCGGGAGCGCGUCACCAGCGCACGGCAUGGCAGGCAAGAUGUCGUUUGCGCGGCAGCUGCAGGCACAGGCGACGCAGGCAGAGGAGGGGGAGUGCUACCCCACCCCCGGCCUCAAGCAGAGUGCUGCGGACCUUGCCUCGCCCUCGGCACGCCCAGCCAUCACGAUGCACACAGAGGCAGCAGAGGCGUGGGAGCGCGGGCUGUGCAUCGCAGCAGUCAAGUUCAAGGCACAGCGCCUCUACAUCAGCAACACGCCGCCGCCUAAGAAGGCCAGUCGUCGCCUGUUCCGCAAGCAAGAACCCACACCAAUCAUGGACUUCCCUCUGGACCUGCUCCCCUCCACCUGCACUCUCCUCAUCCCCAAGGCUGACAAGCUCAUCACACUCCAGGGCCACCUUAACGCAUCCGCACCGUCCAUCGAGACCCUCCUCCUGAUCAACGGCCUCGGUGCGCCCUCAGCACUCCACAGCUUCAACGGCAGCAGAGGUCCGUCGCCUUCCCGCAAGGGCCUGCCGCCGCUCUCCCCUCGCGGUUUCACCCCGCGCCUCUUCUCCCCUCGUACAGCCUCCCCCACUGAUACUACUACUGACCCCCAGCCAGGAAACCCCCACCACCAGGCACUUUCUUCCCUCCAGGGAAAUUUGAAUUCUCUUCAAGGAAAUUCUCUUCAGGGAGUCUCCCACCGUGCGGAGGUGUAUCGGCCGGGAUUGCCACCGUCGCCGCCAGCUGUCUGCUCCCCGUCCACUGCAGCAGCCGUGGCGUAUACUGCCGCACUCGCAUCCGGCUCAACGGCAGCUGCAGCUGCUGCUGCAGCACCGCUGGGCAGUUCAUCCCUAUCCCCAUCCAGAACCGCAGCAGGGGCAGCGGCAGGGGCCGCAGGGGUGAGUGGUGUUGACCCGUGCGUGCAGCCACCGUCCCCGCGCAUCCACUUCCGCCCGUUCAACGUGUCGGCGUCGUUUGCCUCGCGCUCCAUCAAGCGCCGCAUCCCCUCCGCCUCCCUGCGCGCUGCCUUUGUGCGCCACAUGCUCAGCCCCAGCGCCGCCCGCCGCGGCAGGGCAGCGGGCGCUGACGGGUUGGAUAGCGACGAUAGCAGCGGCAGCUUCGGCAGCGGAGGCGGCAGCACCCACUUCUUUAACCGCGCUAGAGGGUUCUCCCUCAGUGGCCACUUUGGGAGCCACAGCGCGGGUGGUGCUGGUGGUGCCGCUGGCGCUGCUGCUGCUGCUGCUGCUGGUGCUGGUGGUGGGGAGUUGCUGCGGGCGCGGCUGCAGAGGCAGAACUCCUUCUCCAAUCUCGAGGCACUCAUGGCUGCUGGCACCUGCUCCGGCACUUUUGCUGUUGGCUCCGGCGCUCCCCUGCUCGGCACGGGCGCCUACGGUGAUGCUGAUUUCAGCACGACUGCUGCUGCUGCUGCUGCUGCUGCCGCCGCUGCUGCUGCUGCUGCCGCCGCUGCUGCUGCUGCUGCCGGUGGUGCUGGUGCAGGUGGGUUGAGUGGGGGUUCGUUGGCGGACGCGGUGCAGAGGGCGGCAAGGGCAGGGGCGAUGGCGGGGAGGGGCCGCAGCAUGAUCCCACAGUCAGAGCCGCUGUGCCUGGGCAUGUCGGCUGCUGUUCUCAUGGAUGACUCAGAUGAUGAGGACGAGGAGGAGGAGGAUAGAGGGAGCGAGAGGGGCAGCGAGAGAGGGAGCGAGAGUGGCAGUGAACGGGGAGGGAGUGAGAAGGCGGGGAGGCUUGGACUACCGUUGAAUCUGCGCUCCCGGCCACCAACGCCCCCCAAGUCCCCUGUGGCUCACUCCAUGGCCAGCUGCUCUGUCAGCAGCGCUGCGAGCAUUCCUGAGCUGGAGGAGGAGGAGGAGGAGGACGAGGAGGAGGAGGUGGGGAAGGAGGUUCUGCCUCCCUCCAACCCGCCAGCCACACCACCCCGGCGUCACAGUGCCUCCCGCGCAUUCCCCAACCGCCCCUCUCCACCAUCUGCCCUCUCUGCCCUCCCCAAUUCGCCGCCCAGCCCUGCUUCCUCCAAAUCGCCUCUCCCUCAGGCACCCAUAGCCCUUCUCAUCCCCAGCAACUCUCUCGAGACUCUUCAGACAGCCACCAGCAGCCCUCAGUUAUCCCUCUCACCGUCCAGCCCCCAUGACCCUUUGCAAGCUCCCACCACUCCUCGCUUGCCCAAAUCACCUGGUAGUUCUCACUUCGCUGACUCUCCCGCCCAAGCACCCAACAUGCCUCGCCUGCCCAAGGCGUUUUCCAACCCCAGCCCGCCCAAAACCCCACCUGGUCUUGGCCUGACCAAGUCUUCUUCCGUCUCGGCUCUUUCCCAGCUGCCCUCCAGCCCUAAGGGUGUGUUGCGUGCAGCACACAUGCCCUCCACCCCUCAGGGUGUGUUGGGGGGAGCGCACAUGCCAUGCACCCCUGAGGCCAUGCAGUUGCCCUCCACGCCUCGGCCUGCACUGGCUCCUCUGUGCGGUGACUUUUCUCCUCAGGACUCACUUCCGGACUCGCUUCAGGACUCCGCUGCAGCUAGGGAGAGGGAAAGAGAGAGGGUGAGGGGGGAGGAGGAGCAAGAGGAGGGCAUCACGUUUGUCACUGGCGAGUUCUCAACCAAGUAUUCCUCCUCCAGCAGCCUCUCAGCCUGGUCGCCUGCCCGUUCCGAGGCUAGCAGCGCCUCUCACCUCUUCCGAACCGAAUCCCGAACCUCCACCGAGUCCUCCCGACCCUCCACCGAUUGCCGACCCUCUUCCGAGUGCCGGACCUUCUCCCGAGCCGAGAUCCUCCAGGCCACCGACCACUUCUCCCCGAAAACCAUCCUCACUAAAACCGUCCUCGGUACUCUCCACAAGGGCACGCUCUUCGGCUCCACCGUCGCAAUCAAACGCCUCGAGCACGCAGGCUCCUGCGAGGAGGAGGAUUUCCAGAGAGAAGUGAGCAUACUGUCCAAAGUUCGCCACCCACACGUGGCCCUCAUGAUGGGGCAGUGCCCUGAGGAGCGCUGCAUAGUCUACGAGCAUCUCCCAGGAGGCUCCCUCCUCGAACGCCUCGCCAAAACCCCCGGCACCAAGCCGUGGGCGCCGCUGACGUGGCACGACCGGAUCCGCGUGUCGUGCGAGCUGGCAGCAGCCCUGGUGUUCCUGCACUGCCACGACCCGCCCAUCGUCCACGGGGACCUCCGACCGGAAAAUAUCCUUCUGGACCGGAACAAACGCAGCAAAGUGGGCGAUGUGGGGAUUGCUCAGUUUGUCGGGCAAGGCGAGGUGCUGCCGGAAACGUGGCGUCUGUCUGGAUCUGUCGGGUACAUAGACCCUUCGGAGAUGCAGACAGGCGAGGUGACGGGGAAGAGCGAUGUGUACGCGCUCGGGCUGAUAAUCCUGCAGCUGCUGCUCGGGCAGCCGAAUAUUCGCGCGCUACACAAGCAGCUGAUGCCGUUCAAGCGGGCGGGCGGGGCAGUGGAGGCAGCGGUUGAGGAGUUCAUGUGCUGCUUGGAUCCUGCGGCUGGGAUUUGGCCGCGGAAGGUGGCUGAGAGGAUGCUGGCGAUGGCGCUGCUGUGCGUGCUGAACGAUGCUGAGGCUCGGCCGGACUUCGUGGGGUGUGUGUUUCCGGAGCUGAGGCAUGUGGGGCAGUGGGCGGAGGCGGAGAGGAAGAGGCGGUGCCCGGGGCAGGAGGAGAAGCUCAUGUGCCCGCUGAGCAAGACUCGAAUGCAGGACCCUGUGAUUGCUGCUGAUGGCUACACGUAUGAGAGGAGCAUGGCUGGAGAGGCGGAAGUUUCUGACGUGGCAUCAGGAGUUCCUGAAUUUGUGAGCUUGCCGAAAGGCAUGGCGGUCGCUCGGCGCGCAACGGUGCAUCCAUCCGGCAUCGCCCAGGAAUGCAGCACCACUUACCCAAUGCUUGAAUCCCAUUUGAAGAAGAGCGGAGCGGAGAGGGACGGCCGUUCGUAUUGCAUCUACUACUUCUUCACGCCUCUCCUCACUCGCAUGGAGCUCGGCAUUCCCUUCAAGCUCUCCUCGCCGGACAAGACAGUUCCUGAAGAUCCUGCAAACGGCAUCAUAGUGGUGGACCGUCCUGACGUACAGGCAGCAGCCAUGUGGCACAUUGGCCCGUACCAGAAACUGGGGGACACUUACAAGGCUCUUUGUGAAUGGAUUCGCUCACAGGGAAAGUACCCAGGCAGCCUCAUGUUUGAAGAGUACUACACCAAUCCAAUGGAAGAAAAGGACCCUGCUAACACCACCUUCCCAAUGCUCGAGUCGCAUUUAGAGAAGUGCGGAGCAGAGAAGGACGGCCGUCCUUAUUCCAUCUACUACUUCUUCACGCCUCUCCUCACCCGCGUGGAGUGUGGGAUUCCCUUCAAGCUCUCUUCGCCCGACAAAACAGUGCCGGACGACCCUGCAAACGGCAUCAUUGUGGUGACGCAUCCUGAAGUAAAGGCAGCAGCCAUGUGGCACAUUGGGCCGUUUGAGAAAUUGGGGGAUGCGUACUCUCUAUGA